GACGUUACGGCGGGGUGACGCGGGACGCGCUGCGCCCCGGCUGCCGCAGCGAUUCCAGCGGCGAGCGGACGGCAGCGGCGCCGGGCGCUCUGCGCCAUGACCGACGGUAGCCCUUCGGCCGCCUUGCGCGCUGUUCUCGCCCUCUUCUCUUCGUGGGGCAGGUUGGACGGCUGAGGGUGCAGAUGUCCCACCUCCUGCAAGUCGCGGCCGCGGUGAAGUGGUCGAAGUCGACGGCUGCCCGCAGAGCCGUUUUCCUGGCCUUGGCCACUUAUGGUGUCAGGAGGCUGUAUCCGCUCCUCCAGCAUCACCUCCAUGGCAAGCGGCGGCCCGGGACGCCCUCACCCCGCCACACGCCCGGCCAGUGCUUCGCCAAGAAGUCUCCGGCCGUCGACGCCGAUUUUUGUCAGCAGCUCCUCGGUCUCGGCAAAAUCCUCUUCCCCAAGCUGCUCACCAAGGAGCUGGGUUUGCUCUGCCUGCAUUCAGUGGCUUUGAUUUCCAGGACGUUUCUCUCCAUUUACGUGGCCGCAUUGGACGGGAAGAUAGUGAAGUCAAUCGUCGAAAAGAAACCCAAAAGCUUCGUGCUGAAACUGGUCAAAUGGCUUCUGGUGGCCAUCCCAGCCACUUUUGUGAAUAGCAUGAUCCGCUAUCUGGAAUGUAAGCUGGCUCUGGCAUUUCGCACUCGCCUCGUUGAUCACGCAUAUCGUACGUACUUCACUGACCAGACUUACUACAAGGUUAGCAAUAUGGACGGGAGGCUGGAAAAUCCCGAUCAGUCGCUGACAGAAGAUAUCCUGAUGUUUACUCAGUCCAUUGCACACUUGUACUCCAACCUGACGAAGCCCAUCUUUGAUGUGAUGCUGACCUCGUACACCUUGAUCCAGACUGCAACUUCGCGGGGAGCAAACCCCAUGGGACCCACUCUUUUAGCAGGCCUCGUCGUCUAUGCCACAGCCAGGGUAUUACGAGCCUUCUCUCCAAGAUUUGGCAAACUAGUGGCUGAAGAAGCCCAAAGGAAAGGAUACUUAAGAUAUAUCCAUUCACGUAUUAUAGCCAAUGCAGAAGAGAUUGCUUUUUACAGGGGACAUAGGGUGGAAAUGAAUCAGCUACAGAAAAGUUACAAGUCGCUUGCUGCCCAGAUGAAUCUUAUUUUGUCUAAAAGAUUAUGGUACAUAAUGUUGGAGCAGUUUCUAAUGAAGUACGUGUGGAGUGGAAGUGGAUUAGUGAUGGUUGCAGUACCCAUUAUCACGGCAACAGGUUUUGCAGACAAUGAGUCAGAAGACGGUCACAAGCAAAUAAGUUUGGUUAGUGAACGAACUGAAGCUUUUACCACUGCACGCAAUCUGUUGGCUUCUGGAGCAGAUGCAAUUGAAAGAAUUAUGUCGUCAUACAAAGAGAUCACUGAAUUGGCUGGCUACACAGCUCGAGUACACAACAUGUUUUCGGUUUUUGAUGAAGUCCAGAGGGGAAUAUAUAAGAGGUCCACCAUCAAUCAGGAAAUUGAAAUGGACUCCAAUAAAGUAACUAAACAUGGCUUAAGUAAUGAAAGUUCUUUGGAACAGAAAGGUCACGUUAUAGAUGUUGAUGUGGGAAUUAUAGUGAAAAUGUUCCCAUUAUUACCCCAAAUGGAGAUGUUGUUGUUUUCUAGACUAAACUUUAAGGUUGAUGAAGGCAUGCAUCUCCUUAUUACUGGGCCAAAUGGAUGUGGAAAAAGUUCUUUAUUCAGGAUAUUGAGCGGUCUAUGGCCAGUGUAUGGAGGGGUAUUGUAUAAGCCUCCUCCACAGCAUAUGUUCUACAUUCCGCAGAGGCCUUACAUGUCUGUUGGAACCCUAAGAGAUCAGGUUAUCUAUCCGGACUCUGUGGAAGACAUGCAUGAGAAAGGAUAUGCAGAUCUGGAUCUGGAGCAUAUUCUAGAUAUUGUUCACUUGAAUCACAUAGUACAGAGAGAGGGAGGAUGGGAUGCCUUUACUGAUUGGAAGGAUGUCUUGUCUGGGGGUGAGAAACAAAGAAUGGGGAUGGCACGAAUGUUUUAUCACAAACCAAAAUAUGCAUUGCUAGAUGAAUGCACAAGUGCUGUGAGUAUUGAUGUCGAGGGCAAGAUAUUUCAGACUGCAAAGAAUUCGGGGAUCUCAUUGCUUUCUAUUACUCAUAGGCCAUCUCUCUGGAAAUACCACACACAUCUAUUGCAGUUUGACGGGGAGGGUGGUUGGCGAUUUGAACAAUUAGAUACUGCCACUCGACUCUCACUGGCUGAGGAAAAGCAGAGACUUGAGUCUCAACUGGCUGGAGUCCCUCAGAUGCAACAGAGAUUGAAUGAACUGUGCAAGAUUUUGGGAGAAGACUCUGUGCUUAGAACUACUGGAACUGAAGAAUGAUAACACAGACAAUGAAUGUGAUAAUAUGACAAGAAGAGCUGCAAAAGAAUUGCAUGAUGCAAACAAAAUUAAAACAAGAUUUUCUUAUUUAUUUAGAAUCAUUAACUCCUUUCAGUAAAAUAAGGUUUAACUUUUGGACGUAUAAUCUCUCAUUCCAUUAGAAUACUGAUAUGUUAACCUUUGGAAAGUUUACAUUAUUGAAAUAUUAGCUUUUCAUAAUAAAUUUGACAGCAUUAUUUAAAAGAAAAUAUUGAAGUUAAGAGGAAACUAGAAUUUAUGUGUUCUAGGAAAUUGGUCCACAUUCGAUAAAUGCAGUUGAAUGCUCUUAAUUUUAUGAGCCUUAUUUUCUGUUCACUUAGUAUCAGGUAUCACGUGGUAGAAGUGACCAGGCUAGAUUUUUGAUAUGGAUGAUACCACACCAUUAUCUUUUUUUUUACCACUCUGCCCAGGAAGUUCCUUUGCAAUAAGCGCAAAUAGUAUUUUGUUCUGCAUCCCAGGAUUCAUUGUUUUGAGGAAAGGGACAGGAAUUCUUGUAUCAACAUAUGAUUUGAUUUCAGUGCAAUAUGACUGAAUCUCUGGUGUAAGAUUUAGCAUGCCAGGCAUGCUGACUCUUGAAACUAUUACUUCCCCAUUUGCUGCUGCUAAAGCAGUAUACAUUACUAAGCAUGGCUUCCUCUUGUUUUGGAGAUCUUAGUUAUGAACUUAUGCUUACACACAUUUCGUAGUUCACAGAAUUUAAAACUGCUCCAUUUUGUUUUUAAGGUAAGAUUGACUUGGUAUAGUUUUCUGUUUACUUUAAUUACUACAGUGCACAUUAAUGCAAAAUAUGCAUAUUUUGCUUCAACAAAUGGAUUAUCUGUUGCAUUAAUUAUAUCUGCAUUUUUCCAAUGAAAAGCUUAAUACUGUGGCUUCAAAUAAAAACCUGGGUCAGCUUUUAAAGCAAAAAAACAGCAGAUGCUAGAAAUCUGAAAUAAAAACAGAAAAUGCUGGAAAUACUCAGCAGAUUGGGCAGCAUCUGUGGUGAGAGAAACAGCUUUAAUUCUUAAGAUCUAUUGAUUUCCAUCAUAGCAGGUGAAAGGUCAUUGCCUGAAACAUUUGUUGUUUGUCUCCCUGCAGCAUUUUCUAUUUUUAUAUCUGGAUUUACUUUUUUCUUUUCAAAUGUUUUUAUCCAUUUAUUAGAACUCACUCAUGCAGAGGCUCAUCUCUUAUGAAAGGAAUUUUUUUGCUCAAUGUACUUGGCAUUCUUUACACUUGUGCUAAGAUGCCUAGUUUUAUAUAGUUUACUAUUUUAAAUUAUAAAACACCAAAUUUUUUUAAGUUCCAUUUGUUCCUUUCCCACCAGGAGGGUUUAGUCUAUGGAUUUUGUAAUUGUUGAUUGGCCAACUGGGGGUGUGCUUCUUUGAUGCAGAGCUGGCCCUGUAUCCAUCGCACUUCUCUCUAUAUAUGAAAUUCUACUGAUGCAAAAACAUGGAAUGUAUGGAAAUUUUGCAAUGGGGAAUAUUAGACUUCAAACAACUGAAGCCAGUAUUUGAACCAGCAAACUAAAUGGCUGCCAGUACUCUUGAGUGUUCUCCUUAUUAGCUUGAGAUUUAACAGAAACUUAUUGAGUUUGAAGUAACUUUUUUAAUUGUAUUAAAAUACAAAGGGCCCGUCAUCAUUCCUUACUGUUUUGUGUAAAUUUAAAAACAAACUGUUUGUAUUCUUGAACUGUUGUCUUUCAUGAUAAGUUGUUAAUCUGCAUGUGCUUGCAUGCCAUUAAAUACUUUUUUUUAAAAAAGUAUCAUGCUCUUCUAACCAGUCCAUACUACUGAAACUCAGCCCUUCAGCUUCGUGUUCUAAAAUGUGUCCUUUGCAUGAUGCAUGUAAACUUUGAGUAAUAUCAUGCAUUUCUGUGAAAAUGUUAUGUAGAGUAGUUUCAAUAACAAUAUUCAUAUGGCUGGACCAGGAUGUGACAGAAAAAGAGCAUGUGUGUGGGAAUGAACACAGUUACUUCAUUUGUGUUUUGAAAGAUUUGUAAUUAAAAAUGAAUGACAUUUUAUAUUGAAACUUUAAAAUAUUAACAAUAAAUUGCAAGAUUUGCAGGUCAUUAUUUGUUGAGUUGGUAAUUCUGGUACAGUUGACUAGCAAAAUGGAAAUUUUGCAAAAAUGCCCUUAAAAUUUACAUUUUUCAAUUGCUAUUAAAAAGGCUAUGGCAAUGUAAUCACAUUCGAUCAAGGCAAAUCUGUUGUUGGCAGGUGUAGUCUGUCUUGAAUGCAAAUAAAUGAAAUGAUACACAGAACACACUCGAUUACAAAUGUAUAUUCUGCUCCUGCCAGUCAGUAUUUGCCAAUAUCUUUUAAAUGUGUUGGAGCUGAGAGGAGAAUUGGAUAGACACACAUGAACAUAGUAUCAAAGUGCAGUAAAAUGCAUUUUAGUUGUCACACUCUUUUAUGCAAGGCCAAAUUGUGUUAUAUCUAAAAUACUUUGAUUUUGUACUGUUUGAAUUAAGUAAUCUGAAGAGAGCUUGGCUUGAAAGCGACUUCAAGAGGAGUAUUUUGAGCAGUCCAAACACUGCAGGAAGUGAGUUGCAUUUUCUGAAAUGAAUUUAAAAAUUACCUCAAAAUGAAUGUGAAAUUCUGUUUUGACUAUCAAUUGCAAUUUAUUUAAUCUGUAUGUAAAUGCACCAUGUAUAUUGUAUUUUGGAAAAUAGUUUUAUUGUUACACACAUUAAAAAUGUCUGAAUCACCAUGAA